AUGGCAAGAAGGAUUGAGGCCGGUCUCAAGCUGUCUCGGAAUAACGGGCAACGAUACGCAUUCAAUCUGCUUUUUGUAUUUGUAUCUCUAUCGCACCUUUGCGGCUUUCACCGAUCAGCCGCCCGCCCGUCUGCGAUUGGAGAAAUUUGGGAGAAUUGUACACCAAGUGAUGUAUGGGCGUAUCUGCGAACUCGCGCAGUGGAAAAGAAGGCUUACAUGCCAUUGCCACCGCCUUUGACGGUCCGAUGGCAAAGACGUGACUUAGUGGCACCUUGCCCCCAUCGGGGAUUCCUGACAACUCACAUCCUACCAAAAACUUUUCUACUUGAACCAACUCACACAGCUGGUGCAACCAAUAGGAUUAAAAUUAAAUUAUUCCGCUUGACUAGCAGCAAACUCCUCACUUACCAUCUGACUCGAAGUGAAUUGAAGCCUAUAAAAUCGCCGAAGAUGAGACUGUUAUUGAUUGUGGCCGCCUUGAUCCCUUUCGCUUAUCUUCAGGAGCCUGGGAGGCAAGUCCAGCGAGAUGGAACCGGAUUUGUGGAUCGACUUGGGAAACGCGGGUCCGGUGACCCCAUUGCGAUAGCCAAAGGCCCCCCCGCGAAACGGAAGAAUCUUCCACUGAAUAAACCAAACAAACCGAAACCGAUUACUCCACCGAGUCACCGACCACUCAAAAAUAAUAACCGGUUGUUGUACUCUGCAGCAGACGGGUACUACACCGAGAUGUUUAAUUAA